AUGGCACCUAAGCAGGCAACCUUGGGGUAUGUCAAGCCCACGCAGAUGACCCUGGGCAAGUUCUUCGGAAAGCCGAACGGAGAAGGCCCGCCUCCAAAGCAGACGAAAUUGUCCUUCGCUACCAAAGCAAACGCCGCAUCGCGCAAGUCCAAAAAGGAGGAAAAGGAGGGCGAUACCGUGAAGAAAGAGGAAGGCAACGUCGAUGAAGAGAACGGACGUGUCGCAUCGUCGAAAGUUGAGGAUGUGGAGAUGAAGGACGAGGUCAAGUCGGAGGCGGAUGCUGCAGCGAGUGACUCGGACAGUGCCCGUGAGUACACUAUUACCCCAAUGAUUUUGACGUUGCGCAUCCCAAACUCUUCAACUCUCCACAACACUGCCGUCAUGAUGGGAGACCCACGCGAUCGCGUCGCGGCGCUGCUCCCAUUCGCCAACCAUCAGGCCUUCAACUAUGCACAGCGUGCACUUGGCCAUAGCGACGGCGUUGAUAUUUCCGUCAUCAUCGCCAACAUGCGCGUCUCACUUGGAGUAGCGGGUCGGACAUGGUGUUUCGGUUUCGGGUCACUGACAUUCGCAGAUUCGAAGAAACGAGCGCGCGAGGAAAGCGACGAGGAAGACGAUGAACCUGUUCCUAACAAGCGUAACGCAAAGAAGCCGCGCCAAUCGCGAAAGUCGGAUUCCCCCCCAGAAGCAUCAUCCAAGCCGCAGAAGGUCACAAAGGCCACAACGAAGGUGAAGCGCGAAGAGGCCGACAAUGGAGAGCCAUCUUCUCCAAAAAAGCCCAAGUCCAAGUCCACGAAGCGGGCCGCCUCACCACCGAAGGCUACAACAAAGGAUGCGGAACAUGAUGCGUCGCCUACUGAGUCUGUAGCCGCAGAGUCCGAGAAGGAAGAUGAAGAAGUUGUAUCUUCCGAGGAAGAAAAGCCUGCUGCUAAGAAGAAGGCCGCCAAGGCCAGGGAAAAAGUCCAGUCCACACUGAAGGACAAUGGCGAAGAGCUAUAUCCAGACUGGAAGGCGGGAGAGCCGGUGCCAUACGCCGCACUUUGUGCCGCUUUCUCCAAGAUUGAGAUGACCACCAAGCGUCUGGAAAUCUCAGCGUACUGUUCCAAGUUUUUCCGUCAGGUGCUCCGCCUGACGCCCGAGGACCUGCUUCCGACUGUGAUGCUCAUGGUCAACAAGCUGGCGGCCGAUUACGCUGGCAUUGAGCUUGGCAUUGGAGAGUCGCUGAUCAUGAAGGCCAUCGGAGAGACCACUGGUAGAAGUCUGGCUGUCAUCAAGGCAGAUCAGACUGAGAUCGGUGAUCUAGGUCUGGUCGCAGCCAAGAGCAGGUCUAAUCAGCCGACCAUGUUCAAGCCGAAGCCUUUGACCGUACGCGGUGUCCACAAAGGUCUGAUAGAAAUCGCGACAGUAGAAGGCCAAGGAUCGCAGGGGCGCAAGGUUGCUGCCAUCAAGAAGAUUCUUUCCGCGUCUGACGCACACCUGACAGGAAAGGGCAGCAAAGGUGUUGACAUCCUCAAGGACAAGGGUGGUCCUAGCGAGGCCAAGUUUAUCGUCAGAAUGCUCGAGGGCAAACUGCGGUUGGGUUUGGCUGACAAGUCCGUUCUGGUGUCCUUGGCGCACGCUAUGGUUGCCUACGAACUGGACCCCAGCGGGAAGAAUGUUCCCAACACCGAGCAGCUAGCCAAGGGCGAAAAGACUGUGAAGUCGGUGUACAGCGAACUUCCGAGUUACGAGGUUAUCAUUCCAGCGAUGCUCAAACACGGCCUUUCCAACCUGAGAGAGCACUGCAAGCUUCAACCAGGUGUGCCUCUCAAGCCUAUGCUGGCCAAGCCGACCAAAUCGAUCACCGAAGUCCUGGACAGGUUCGAAGGCAAGCACUUCACGUGCGAGUACAAGUAUGAUGGCGAACGCGCUCAAAUCCACUUUGUUUCGCACGACGCAGCCCAAGAGUAUGCAACGGAAGCACCUACCGCUGGGAAAACGGAUCAAGGAGUCUCGAACAUUUUCUCGCGCAACUCGGAGGACCUUUCCAAAAAAUAUCCGGACAUCCUUGCAAAGCUGCCAUCAUGGGUUAAGGACGGAACAAAGAGCUUCGUCCUCGACUGCGAGACUGUCGCAUGGGAUGUCGAUGAGAAGAAGGUGCUGCCGUUUCAGACGCUGAUGACUCGGAAGAGGAAGGACGUUAAAAUCGAAGACGUCAAAGUCAAGGUCUGUGUCUACGCAUUCGACCUCCUCUAUCUGAACGGAGAAGCGCUCGUCAACAAACCGUUCCGUGAGCGUCGCGAUCUCCUUCACAAGUCAUUUGCUCCUGUCGAGGGUGAAUUUGCAUUCGCCCAAUUUGGCGAUACCAGUGAGCUCGAUGAGAUCCAGGAUCUCCUCGAGAAGUCUGUCAAAGCCUCCUGCGAAGGACUCAUGGUCAAGAUGCUCGACGGACAGGAGAGUAGCUACGAGCCCUCGAAGCGUUCGCAGAACUGGCUCAAGGUCAAGAAGGACUAUCUCUCCGGUGUGGGUGACAGUCUUGAUCUGGUCGUGCUCGGAGCCUACUACGGCAAGGGCAAGCGCACUUCAGUCUACGGAGCGUUCUUGCUUGCGUGCUACAACUCAUCCAAUGACACAUACGAAACCGUUUGCAACAUCGGCACCGGCUUCUCGGAAGAAGUUCUGGCCAGCCUCCACGCAGAGCUUUCGGCAACUGUAAUCGACCGCCCCAAGCCGUUUUACUCCCAUUCGCAAGGGAACAAGGACCAGCCGGACGUGUGGUUCGAGCCGAAGUCUGUUUGGGAGGUGAAGACGGCCGACCUUACCCUCAGCCCCCGGUAUAUGGCCGCAAUGGACGUGCUGGGUGUGGGCAAGGGCAUCAGUCUGCGGUUCCCACGGUUCAUCCACCAACGCGACGACAAGAAGCCUGACCAGGCGACCAGUGCGAGGCAGAUUGCGGAUAUGUACAGGAAGCAGGAGGCAGUCACGAAGAACAAGGGACCGAGCGUUGAUGACGACUUUGAGUACUAA